AUGCCCGGUCAGCGCCUUUCAUCUGUUCAAGAUUCUGACCCCCAAAACAUUGCCGACAAACUCCGCACUCAGCAAGAACUCGAACGCCUGCAGGCCAAGUAUGUUGGCACUGGGCACCCCGACACGACAAGUUGGGAGUGGAAGACCAACAUUUACCGCGACACAUACUCAUCCAUUGCCGGCCACCCCCCGAUGCUCUCUUAUAUGGCUUUGGCGGAAAAUGAGCCCACGCAUCUUCUCAGAGCGAGGCUGAUCCGGAAAAUGAUGCAACCUGCUGGCCCGCCGCCGGUACGCGAGGAUUAG